UUAAAGUACAAAACUAGGCUCAACACAAAUGUGUGACUUUUUAAAAGUAUUUUUGAUGAAAAAGGACAUUUCACUGGCACACCCACAUGUGUUUUUGCGACUUCCUCAUCUUUGAGUCAACUCCUGAGGCUGAUUAAAAAAGCAGCACAAACUCUGAGGGAACUUCACUUCUCUGUUCAUCUCUCAUCCGUCUGCUCGAAAGACCGAAAGAAAACACUUCCUGCCUCACACGACUCACAAAGAUGGCUGCAGCUCUGACUCUCCUUUUCAUCGGCUGUCUGCUGCAAGAUGUCAUGUGUGGAGACCCUACAGAGAAGGUCAUUAUGCCACAGGCUAUCGAGGCUCUGAGGGGAUCCUGUGUGACCAUACCCUGCUCCUUUGAAGUACGGACAACAUUUAAUGUCCAUUUAGAUCAAACAUGUGAAGCAUUGUGGAAAAAUGAGGCAAACACUGUUGUGUUUGACAGCCGUAAUCCACAAAGUUCUACAAUAAAAGGAAAUUUCACAGGAAACUUAAUAAAUAAAGACUGCACAACAACUCUGAACAACAUGAAACCUGCAUACAACAACAAAUAUCACCUCAGAGUGGAAUGUGCCAAUACCCUGAAACAUAACAUGAUUGACCAAAAAUUGCAAAUUUCAGUGAGAGAUGAUCCUCCCACACCGACUCUGACUCCACCCACAGUGAGGUGGGUGGAGGGAACCUCAGUGAGUGUGAGGUGUUCUGCUCCAGCUCCCUGUCUGUCUCUUCCUCCAGCUCUCACAUGGACCCCCCACCUGGGUGACAGUCAUGAGACACUGCAGGAGAAUCAGGACAAAACUAAAGUCAAAAUCUCCACUCUGACCUUCACUGCAUCUCACCUCCAUCACAGACAGAACAUCUCCUGUACUGCCGUGUACACAAAACAAGAUGGCAGCACUGAGUCAUCUGCUACUACAAGUUUCACAGCUGAUAUUUCAUUUGCUCCACAGAUCCUGCCCUCAUCUUAUUGCAAUAAAACUGCAGAGCAGCUCAACUGUUCCUGUGAGACUGUGGGAAAUCCUUCUCCCACAUCACAGUGGUAUUUGGAUGGGUUGCCUGUCAAUCACUCUGACAAGUUUGCAAUCAGCAGUGAGUCUGUAAAAGACACGAGUGUGAGGAGCAUCAUCUCUGUGAAUCGACCACAGUGGAAGGGUCUUUCCACCUUGUCCUGCCUCAGCUCCAACUCUCAGGGAUCUGUCAGUCAACCUUUUUAUGUCUACGUCCUUGAGCCUCAAACAUCUGCAGAAAGUCACGAUGUCAUGUGUGGAGACCCUACAGAGAAGGUCAUUAUGCCACAGGCUAUCGAGGCUCUGAGGGGAUCCUGUGUGACCAUACCCUGCUCCUUUGAAGUACGGAGAGCAUUUAAUGUCCAUUUAGAUCAAACAUGUAAAGCAUUGUGGAAAACCGAUAAAAACACUGUUGUGUUUAACAGCAGUAAUCCACAAAGUUCUACAAUUAAAGGACAUUUCACAGGAAACUUAAUAAAUAAAGAUUGCACAACAACUCUGAACAACAUGCAACCUGCAUACAACAACAAAUAUUUCUUCAGAGUGGAAUGUGAAAACCCUGAAACAUGACAUGAUGACCAAAAAUUGCAAAUUUCAGUGAGAGAUGAUCCUCCCACACCGACUCUGACUCCACCCACAGUGAGGUGGGUGGAGGGAACCUCAGUGAGUGUGAGGUGUUCUGCUCCAGCUCCCUGUCUGUCUCUUCCUCCAGCUCUCACAUGGACCCCCCACCUGGGUGACAGUCAUGAGACACUGCAGGACAAUCAGGACAAAACUAAAGUCAAAAUCUCCACUCUGACCUUCACUGCAUCUCACCUCCAUCACAGACAGAACAUCUCCUGUACUGCCGUGUACACAAAACAAGAUGGCAGCACUGAGUCAUCUGCUACUACAAGUUUAACAGCUGAUAUUUCAUAUUCACCCAAACACACCUCAGUGUCAGUCAGUCCCUCUGGUCCAGUACCAGAAGACAGUACUGUGACUCUGACAUGCAGUACUACUGCUAACCCAGCAGUAGUGAACUACACCUGGUACAGAACUGAUGGAGGCCAGGAGACUUUUAUUGGGACUGGACAUGUUUUAAGCAUUAGAGCUUCUGAAGUCAGAGGUCCUUUUUUCUGCAAGGCUGAAAAUAAUGUUGGAGCUGGACGAUCCAACAUCAGUCACAUCGAUGUUCAAUAUUCACCCAAACACACCUCAGUGUCAGUCAGUCCCUCUGGUCCAGUACCAGAAGACAGUACUGUGACUCUGACAUGCAGGACUACUGCUAACCCAGCAGUAGUGAACUACACCUGGUACAGAACUGAUGGAGGCCAGGAGACUUUUAUUGGGACUGGACAUGUUUUAAGCAUUAGAGCUUCUAAAGUCAGAAGUUCUUUUUUCUGCAAGGCUGAAAAUAAUGUUGGAGCUGGACGAUCCAACAUCAACCACAUCGAUGUUCAAUAUUCACCCAAACACACCUCAGUGUCAGUCAGUCCCUCUGGUCCAGUACCAGAAGACAGUACUGUGACUCUGACAUGCAGUACUACUGCUAAUCCAGCAGUAGUGAACUACACCUGGUACAGAACUGAUGGAGGCCAGGAGACUUUUAUUGGGACUGGACAUGUUUUAAACAUUACAGCUUCUAAAGUCAGAGGUCCUUUUUUCUGCAAGGCUGAAAAUAAUGUUGGAGCUGGACGAUCCAACAUCAGUCACAUCGAUGUUCAAUAUUCACCCAAACACACCUCAGUGUCAGUCAGUCCCUCUGGUCCAGUACCAGAAGACAGUACUGUGACUCUGACAUGCAGUACUACUGCUAACCCAGCAGUAGUGAACUACACCUGGUACAGAACUGAUGGAGGCCAGGAGACUUUUAUUGGGACUGGACAUGUUUUAAGCAUUACAGCUUCUAAAGUCAGAAGUUCUUUUUUCUGCAAGGCUGAAAAUAAUGUUGGAGCUGGACGAUCCAACAUCAGUCACAUCGAUGUUCAAUAUUCACCCAAACACACCUCAGUGUCAGUCAGUCCCUCUGGUCCAGUACCAAAAAACAGUACUGUGACUCUGACAUGCAGUACUACUGCUAACCCAGCAGUAGUGAACUACACCUGGUGCAGAACUGAUGGAGGCCAAGAGACUUUUAUUGGGACUGGACAUGUUUUAAGCAUUAGAGCUUCUGAAGUCAGAGGUCCUUUUUUCUGCAAGGCUGAAAAUAAUGUUGGAGUUGGACGAUCCAACAUCAGUCACAUCGAUGUUCAAUAUUCACCCAAACACACCUCAGUGUCAGUCAGUCCCUCUGGUCCAGUACCAGACAGUACUGUGACUCUGACAUGCAGUACUACUGCUAACCCAGCAGUAGUGAACUACACCUGGUACAGAACUGAUGGAGGCCAGGAGACUUUUAUUGGGACUGGACAUGUUUUAAGCAUUACAGCUUCUAAAGUCAGAGGUCCUUUUUUCUGCAAGACUGAAAAUAAUGUUGGAGCUGGACGAUCCAACAUCAGUCACAUCGAUGUUCAAUUUGCUCCACAGAUCCUGCCCUCAUCUUAUUGCAAUAAGACUGCAGAGCAGCUCAACUGUUCCUGUGAGACUGUGGGAAAUCCUUCUCCCACAUCACAGUGGUAUUUGGAUGGGUUGCCUGUCAAUCACUCUGACAAGUUUGCAAUCAGCAGUGAGUCUGUAAAAGACACGAGUGUGAGGAGCAUCAUCUCUGUGAAUCGACCACAGUGGAAGGGUCUUUCCACCUUGUCCUGCCUCAGCUCCAACUCUCAGGGAUCUGUCAGUCAACCUUUUUAUGUCUACGUCCUUGAGCCUCAAACAUCUGCAGACAGUCACGACAAAGUAACCUUGUAUGCCUUCAUCACCAUAGUUGCUGCACUGCUUGUAUUAGUAUGUGCUCUGCUCUUAGUUAUCAGGUCUCAGAGGAUUCACCACAACCUUCCUCAGAACACAGUUGCUAUGAACCAACUUCUUACAAGUGGAGAGGGAAAUGAGAUACCCAAUGCAACAGAAGAGGACAUUUAUGCCAACGUCCAAAGACAGGACGAUGUCGCCUACUGUGCCUCUAUCUCUGAAGUGAACAGCCCCAACUUCCCCAGCUCCGGGCCAAACAAUGUAGAAGGAGUCAAUACAAGCUCAGAGAAGAAGGAGGAGGGCAGUGGUGUGAUUUACUCUGGUGUGAACUGGAAAAGCAAGAGCAAGAGGAGGAAGGAAGAAGUUGCUGGGGACAUGGAUCAGCCUGGUAGCUCCUACCUUGCGGAGGAAAGGUGCAUGACACGGACACGGACAUUUAGAUGAACUGAAUUGUGUUCUUUUGGUUUAAGUUCUCAGUUUGUUUGUUUUAUUGAAUAUCUCAAUAUAUUCUUGUCAUAUAUAUAUA